CCACGUCUCACGCAUUCUCCUUCGAAUACCCGUUAACGUUCAUAUUCACGUCUGACAAUAUGACAAAUGAAGACCAUGCAGCUGCUAGCCACGAGUCCCAACAAAACACACUGUACUGCUUCAUGGAUGGAAUAAACCCCGAUUCCACAGCCGUCAAACGCCAUGCCAUGAACAAUCAUAUCCAUCGGAAGCGCGCUGGCGAACUAAAAUCCCAGGGUGGCCAUGAAUCUAACCACAAGGCUCCUAAACGCCGAAAACGACGGAUAGGAUCACAAAAACGAACGCAAAAGCCGACAUUACCCAAACGGACUCGUAAAUCCACAUCCUCCGAUUCCCAAAAGCAGAACCCCCAAGAUACGACCAAACCAGGGGCGGCGCGCCGACUGGAAAGUAUUGACAAAGAUGAGCCGAGUGUUCACGAUACUGACGGCGUGACGCGCUUUGAAGAAUUAGAUAGUACGGAAACCAUUCACCAGAAGAGCCGAACAAGUCCGCGCGGCUAUAUUUUGAUAAAUCCAGCUCCUCAAAGUCACCAAGAUACCGGGGACGAGAGUCAGUGGAACUUGAUCGUUCACUCUUCUCAGGGAAGUAUAAACUACUCCAGAAACUCUGACUUUUCUUUAAAAACGUCGCCCUUCCCACGGUCAUCGUCUUCGCCUUCGCCCUCCCAGCAGUGUUUGCUUGGAGCUACAUGGAGAGACCCGUUUAAUAGCCUGCCCAUGAAACUGUCGGAAAGGGAAGAGCAAUUAUUCCAUUUUUAUGUCAACGUCAUGCCUGCUUGCUCCUACGGAUUCAAUGUCCUUCCUCGCCAUGCGCAUAACUGGUAUAAUGAUGUCUUUGUACCAGAGGCUAUGAAAGAAGCGAUAUGUUUCCAAAACACGAUCCUUGUCCAUGCUGCAAAUACACAAGCUUGGGUCAGUGGACUGGACGAGACGGCUGAAUCGAUCGCCCACCGUGAUAAAGGCAUUAAAGCCUUGCUAAGACACCGCAUCAACCGCCCGGAUGAUUUCUCAGACCCUGUCAUCUCUGCAACCCUGAGUGCAGCCGCAGUGGACGAUUUCGACCCAAGAGCAGAGCGUAAGGAGCCAAGCUGGUGGCACAUGCGAGCGGUCGACGCUGAAUUUGAUGCUUCUUUCCUUUUUGACUCUGGAGGUUAGCGGGCCCAAAGUGGCGCCUUGGGAGCCUUCGCUGAAAAGAGAGAUUUUGUCGGCACCGAUGACGAUGUAUAUCAUGCCAAUACUGCGGACCUAGGGCGUUUGAA